CAUGCCUUUACACGGAUUUGGAGCAAUCUCUCUCUUUCUCUCUCUCUCUCUGUAAAAAAAAAAGGCAAAAGUGACAGUAAGACCAGAGGAAAUGGAGGGCAAAAUGAACAAAACAGCUAUGCUUGUCAUAGACAUGCAGAACGAUUUUAUUCUUCCAGGGAAACCCCUGCAGGUAGCUGGAGGCCAAGCUAUUAUCCCAAAUGUCAUUAAGGCCGUCGAAGUUGCAAGGGAGCGUGGCAUUCUUGUAGUUUGGGUUGUCCGUGAACAUGACCCAAUGGGAAGAGAUGUCGAAUUGUACCGGAUGCCCAUGUAUGGUGAAGGCAAAGAAUCACCAGUUAGCAUGGGCAAUGUGGGUUCAGAACUAGUUGAGGGCUUGGAGAUCAAAAAAGGUGACUACAAGCUUGUGAAGACUCGUUUCAGUGCCUUCUUUGGUACCAACCUUCAUUCCGUUCUUCAAAGGGUUGGCAUCAAUAGCUUAGUUGUGACAGGAGUUCAAACCCCAAAUUGUGUCAGGCAAACAGUCAUUGAAGCACUGGAGUUGGACUAUCAUCCUAUCACGGUCAUUACUGAUGCUUCUGCAGCUGCUACACCAGAAGUACAUGCUGCUAACCUUUUCGACAUGAAAAACGUUGGAAUUGCAACACCAACACUGAAGGAGUGGUGCGAGUACAGUGCUUGAUUUUGUCCUCAACCUAUCCCAAUUACAGAGUGGUUUUCUAUACUGUUGUACUCAUGAGUGAAAUGAUCUGUUUGGUUUGCUUGUUAUAUAUGCUUGAAGUUAUCUGUUAUGGGAAGUGAUGCAAUAUGUUUUUUUUGAUUUGGGAAGUGAUGUAAUAUGUUGAACUGGCUGUUAAGUUAUGAUCUUUAUAUAAAUGGCAUCUUAACAUUGAUUUA